AUGAAAUUGCGAAAUUGCCAUGUUUGCACGAAAUUCAUAACACGUGACUGGAAUAAUCAUCUCUCCGCCAUACAUACUCCUUCCCCGUCCCCUGUCUGCCACACCUACACCUUCCCCAUCCCUUGUCUGCCACACCUACACCUUCCCCAUCCCUUGUCUGCCACACCUACACCUUCCCCGUCCCCUGUCUGCCACACCCACUUCUCUUCCCUCAUCCCUUUGUCUGCCACAAUUUACUCUUCCCCCAUCGCCUGUCUGCCACACCUGCUACUUCCCCUGUCUCCUUUGUCUUCCACACCUACCACCUUCCCCAUCCCCUUUCCUGCCACACCUAUAUUUCCCCUGCCCCCUUGUCUGCCACACCUACACCUUCCCUGUAUCCCUUCCCUGUCUGCUACACCUACUCCUUCCCUCAUCCCCUGUCUGCCAAACCUCUACUCCUUCCCUGUCCCCUGUCUGCCACACCUUCUCCUUCCCCAUCACCUGUCUGCCACACCUACUCCUUCCCUGUCCUCUGUCAGCCACACAUACUCAUUUCCUGUCACCUGUCUGCCACACCUACUCUUUCCCUGUCCCUUGUCUGCCACACCUACACCUUCCCCAUCCCCUGUCUGCCAAACCUACUCCUUCCCCAUCCUCUGUCUGCCACACCUGCUACUUCCCCAUCCCCUGUCUGCCACACCUACUCCUUCCCUGUCCUCUGUCUGCCACACAUACACCUUCCCCAUCACCUGUCUGCCACACCUACUCCUUCCCUGUCCCCUGUCUGCCACACCUACUCCUUCCCUGUCCCCUGUCUGCCACACCUACUCCUUCCCUGUCCCCUGUCUGCCACACCUACUCCCUCCCUGUCCCUGUCUGCCACACCUACUCCUUCCCUGUCACCUGUCUGCCACACCUUCUCCUUCCCCUGUCCUCUGUCUGCCACACACCUACCUCUUCCUCCCCUUGUCCCGCCACACCUACUCCUUCCCUGUCACCUGUCUCGCUACACCUACUUUUCCCCACCCCUUUGUCUGCCACACCUACUCCCCUUCCCCUGUCACCUCACCCGUCUGCCACACCUACCUUUCCCCACCCUUUGUCUGCCACAUACCUACUCUUUCCCCACCACCUGUCUGCACACCUACUCCUUUCCCCUGUCCCCUGUCUGCCACACCUACUCUUCCCCACCCCCUGUCUGCCACACCUACCUCUUCCCCGUCCCCUGUCUGCCACACCUACCUUUCCUGUAACCUGUCUGCCACACCUACUCCUUCCCUGUCCCCUGUCUGCCACACCUACUCCUUUCCCUCUGUCCCUGUGUGCUGCUACACCUAUACCUUUCCUGUCCCCUGUCUGCCAACUCACUCCUUCCUAUCCCCUGUCUGCCACACCUACUCCUUCCCUGUCACCUGUCUGCCACACCUACACCUUCCCCAUCCCCUGUCUGCCACACCUACACCUUCCCCGUCCCCGUCCCCUGUGUGCCAACCUACUCCUUCCUAUCCCCUGUCUGCCACACCUACUCCUUCCCUGUCACCUGUCUGCCACACCUACUCCUUCCCCAUCCCCUGUCUGCCACACCUACUCCUUCCCUGUCACCUGUCUGCCACACCUACUCCUUCCCUGUCCUCUGUCUGCCACACAUACUCCUUCCCUGUCACCUGUCUGCCACACCUACUCCUUCCCGUCCUCUGUCUGCCACACCUACUCCUUCCCCAUCACCUGUCUGCCACACCUACUCCUUCCCGUCCUCUGUCUGCCACACCUACUCUUUCCCGUCCUCUGUCUGCCACACCUACUCCUUCCCGUCCUCUGUCUACCACACCUAUUCCUUCCCCGCCCCCUCUCUGCCACACCUACUCCUUCCCGUCCUCUGUCUGCCACACCUACUCCUUCCCUGUCACCUGUCUGCCACACCUACUCCUUCCCCGUCCCCUGUCUGCCACACCUCUACUCCUUCCCGUCCCCUGUCUGCCACACCUCUACUCCUUCCCCGUCCCCUGUCUGCCACACCUCUACUCCUUCCCGUCCUCUGUCUGCCACACCUACUCCUUCUCCGUCCUCUGUCUGCCAUACAUGCUCCUUCCACGUGAUAAAGUGAUCUAUCUGGUGUAA